ACAAAAAUUAUUCACGUAAUCCGUAACGAAAUUACAUAAUGACAAAAUGUUCAGUAAUUGUGCUGCUUUAGCUCGUUUUCAUUCAAUUCACCGAGCAUUAACAUUUAACGUUUUUCUGAAGCAAAUGGACAUUUUUAAAAAGUGUUGUUGUUGUUGUAAAAGGCAUUUUAUGAAGGCGUUUGUGAAAACGUACUAAAUGGAUGAUGUCACGAUAACAAGCUUAAUGAAAUGAAAACAACGUUCUGUUUUGAAAGAAAGCUUUUUGAAACCGUGUUUCGAGACAGGCAGACGCAUGAUUCGGUUCCUCUCCUCAUUUUACGAUAAUUACAUCAAGCCUUAUUUUUCCUCUGGUCUGGAAGAACCAGACAGAAGCCACAAAAAUAAGAUCCUCAAGGCUGGUCGACUGAUCCGGAACACGCAGCUGUCCACAGCAGUGAGAGCAGACGCGGCUCGGGACGUUGGGAUAUUAAGUUACACAGGAGGUUAUGAACAUGCAGCCCAAGCAGCAGACGAGUACAUGGCAAGCAUGGUGGAGCUCCUGAAGACACCUGAUCUUACAGAUCAGCACAUCAUUCGAGUUCUUGAAGGCCUCAGUGCAAUCUGCUACCUCCACGUCGCCAACCAAGACAAGGCACAAGCACUUGGGCUCCCUGACACCCUGCUGCAGUAUGUAUCUCCAACCAGCAAACUCUCCUAUACGUCACAGCGCUGGAGCUGCUACCUGCUCAACAUCCUCUGUUGCCACAACAUCCCCAUCAUCUGCCACCUUAAGGAAUCCACGGCCCUGCAGUCCAGUCUGGAGAAACUGGCGAGUCUGGACUGGGAGGAGAGAUGGCCAUUAAACUACGCCCAGGAGCUUCUUGGGGUUUUAGGACUCCAGCAGAGCUCGAAGAAAGAUGCUUUGCAUGAGGAAGAUGAGCUGAAGGGUUGCACUAACACUAAAAGUGGUUACAUGUUAGGUAAACAAUUAAAAAGCAUGUGUACAAAAUAUGAGUUUAUUUCCAUUGUAUGCAUUCAAUUUUACAUAUGUACACUGGCAGUGAACAUGCACAUUAACUACAGGUACUGAAAAUAAAAGCUCAUUUACAGCAAGGG